AGUUGUCAAAAAUGUCAAAUGUCAGUGAGUCAUAUGUCUAUGAUAUUUUUUAAAACAAUCUGCUUAUUUAUGUUUAUUAUUAACAUUUUUAUUAAUAAAAAAGGAUUACCUAAUUCAAACCUACUUUCAAACUGAACAAAAAUGUCUUAUCAAGACGAUGAAGAGGGAGUGCCUUUUGAUGGUACGACUGGUUCUUUUCCAAAAGAUUUUGGUUACGGUCUCUUCGACGGUGAACAUGACAUGAUGUCUUCGUCCGGAGAUCAAAAACCAAGAAUUCUUCUUAUGGGUUUACGAAGGUCUGGGAAAUCUUCGAUUCAGAAAGUUGUAUUUCAUAAGAUGUCCCCAAACGAAACCUUAUUCCUCGAAAGCACCAAUAAAAUUGUAAAAAAUGAUAUAAACAAUUCAAGUUUUGUACAAUUUCAAAUAUGGGAUUUCCCCGGACAAAUAGAUUUCUUUGAUUCAAGUUUUGAUUAUGAUAUGAUUUUUGGAGGAUGUGGAGCUCUGAUUUUUGUAAUUGAUGCACAGGAUGAUUAUAUUGAAGCAUUGAAUAAACUCAAUUUAACUGUUACAAAAGCAUAUAAAAUUAAUCCAAAUUUGAGGUUGGAAGUCUUUAUUCAUAAAGUAGACGGUUUAGGAGAUGAUUUCAAAAUGGAAUCUCAAAGAGACAUUCAUCAAAGGACUACAGAUGAUUUGAAUGAUUCAGGUUUUGACCAAAUACAUCUUAGUUUUCAUCUUACGUCAAUAUACGAUCAUUCGAUUUUCGAAGCAUUUUCCAAAGUUGUACAGAAACUUAUCCCACAAUUACCGGCCCUAGAAAAUUUAUUAAACAUUUUAAAUACUAAUUCCGCAAUAGAGAAGUCGUUUUUAUUUGAUGUAGUUUCUAAAAUAUAUAUAGCAACAGAUUCCACACCUGUGGACAUGCAAAGUUACGAAUUAUGCUGUGACAUGAUCGAUGUUGUUAUAGAUGUCUCCUCGAUAUAUGGAAUUAAAGAAGAACAGUUUCCAGCAGUCUUCGAUGAACAAAGUUCGAGUCUAAUUAAACUCAAUAAUGGAACCGUUCUAUAUUUAAGGGAAGUUAAUAAAUUUUUAGCUCUAGUAUGUAUAUUACGAGAAGAUAAUUUUGAUCAUAAAGGUAUAAUUGAUUACAACUUUUUAUGUUUCCGUAACGCAAUACAACAAGUCUUUGAAUUAAGAAGUAGAAAUUCUCCAACACCCAUGACAAAUUCAGUCGGUACUCCCGUAGUUAAUGGCAAUGCUACAGUCAACGAUGAAAAUUCAACAUGAAUCGUCAUUCAAAUUGAGCAACUAGGAAAAAAUUAUGUACCUGUAAUGUUUUGUUUGUUGUUGUAUUUUUUCUUAAUAUAGUUAUUUUUAGAAAACGUGGGAAAUGAAAACCUACUAACGACGUCGUACUGCAACACUAACUAAAAUAUUACUCUUAGUAUGCAAUAAACUGAUUUUGUGAUAGUAACUAAUCGAUAUGACCAAUAAUGUUUUGAAUAAUAAAUUAUUGAAUCAUUAUCUCUAUGCAGCUUUUAACUUUAAUUUUAUAUUUAAAGAUGAAGCUUUCAUAAACGAGUCACACAGUUUGAAUUACAUCACGCUAACAUUUAAAAUUGCUAACACUGACUGGUUUUUUGAGCAUUGCACGUGCUCAUACCCGUCUCGAAAGACAAGACGGUGUUUAGAGGAAAGUAACAAAAUAUGGGCUGAAAAUGAAAAAAAAAUUCCAAUAUUAACCAUUUAUUGAUUUAAAAAUAAUCACAUAUUUUUGAAGUGAAGUAACAGUGUUCUUAAUAUUAUAUUAUUAAACUGAGCAUUAAAUUGCAAAAAGGCGUCAAAUAUGAAUCAGAUACUCCAAUAUGGGACACAUAGAAACUUAUGUUUAUCUGAUAAGAAAUAAAAUUUCUUUGGUAGGUGGAAGAAAUUACUUAAUUUACUUACAAAAAUUACAUGUAUCAAAACUUGGCUCAACACAGUCAUUAUAUACCCAAAAAUUACACAUCCUACUGCGUUCUCGAAAAAAAGAAAAAAAAAUUAAAAUGUAUAUGCUGCAUCAGCUGAGUGUCAGGAGUUUCUCCUAUGGGGGCAUCUGAUUUAAACUGGAUACCUUCACCUUCACUUUCUUCAGUGUCCCUGAUCUUGGUUUUCUAAUAUCUUGUACUGAACACACUAUUUACAGUACCACUACACCAAAACUCACUAGUACACUGUCCGACGCGCGUUUCGAUAACCGUCUUCAGAGACUGAAGGUAAGCUAAAACCUAUUAACUUGACUUACUUAUUUUAAUUUAAAAUUUACCAUUAAUGAACCCUCUCCUGCGAAAAAUAAUUCAAACGGAAAAACCUCCUUGACGGGAAUCUUUACAUUUAUUCCCUAAUUACUAAACUAUAGUGUGGACUGAAAGGAAUAGUUUAAAUUUGGGCCUAUCUCCUUAGACCUCGCUUGACAGGAAUCGUCACAUAUAUUCCCUAACUACUAAACUAUAGUAUAGAUAAGUCAAAUUAAUAGAAUUUAGUUUAUCUUCAGUUUCUGAAGAUGAUAACUUGAUUAUCGAAACCCGCGUCAGUGUAAUUGUGAGUGUUGUGUAGUGCAGAAAUUCCAACUUAGUUAUUUUUCUUUUGCUUGGGUUACUUUUUUUUCAUUUUUCAAUUUUCUUCUGAUUUAUUCCAAUUUUUAUACGGCGAUGAAGUUAUAGCCGAGUCCACGGCAAAUUUUGUACCUCUAUUAGAUGUCUUUCUAAUUUUGUUGGGCACGGAACUGAUAUCAUGAACAGAUACUAGACUAGACUACUGCGAUCAAUUCCGGAAGACGAAGGUUUGUUAUCAUAAGUUGGUGCAAGCUCAAUUCCAGAAGUAGAUUCUUCUAUUUGAGUGUCAGGUCUCAAUGGAGGCGCAUUCUUUGUCUCAGACCUAGCCCAUACUUAGGACCGUACUCCUAGUCCAUAAUUGAACAAUAAAUCAUAAAAUUAAACUUAUUUUUUGCAAUAAAACGGCAUCUAGCGCCCGACCGACAAGACAAAGUGCUAUGCUAAAGCUGAUUGAAUACGAUAGAUGAUCGUCGUUCGUGGCGUCUUUCGAUUGUUGUUUUUGGAGAAUUGUUACUUGCCAAUAUUAAAGCCCUAGCCCACAAUUUAAUUACUCUCCUCUAUUAUGAACAUUACACUGACGCACAAAAAGUAUAUUUUCAUAUAUUUUGACCAACUGAAUACAAAUUUGAAGUCAAAGUUACUUCAUCUAGCUCCGUUUUGUUUUCAAUUAACAGAAAUUGUCCGGGUAAUGCAUAUAAUGAAUUUUUUGUGAUUUUUGUACUUGCCAAGUUUUUUUGUUAAAGAGUCGUAUUCUGAAUAGAUGAUUUCGGUAUCAGAUUCCACCAAACGCUUAUCAAACACUGAGUUUUUAUUUUUGUGAGUCAGUGGUUUCAACUUAGACUAAAUUUUUUCUGACUCAGUUAAUUUCGACAUAUCAAUGGUCCAUUUCUCCUCUAUAUCUACUAUACAAAACAUUUACAGUUUAAAGAAGUUUUGAUGAGCCAUCUUGUAUAAAUGUAUUAUAAAUUUAUUAUUAUCAGUAAUAAAAGCGAGUAAAUAAUUUUCUAAUAUCGCACACCUAUUUUAAUACUGCCAUAAUUUCAAAGAUGCCAAUUUUACAGGAAAGCCGUAAUAAAAACUAUUAUAAACGAAAUGUUUUCUGGAUCAGUUAAUUCGGUACAUAGGCGUACCAAAUUCUUUACUGAUUAGUUAUGUAAAAAGUAAUCUAAAAUCUAUAUACAGUUUUAAAAGUUUUUUUUCGAAUGAUAUGGCAGUACUGUUGAUGUUAAUUUUAUUUAGAAUUGUUGAGUUAAGAAUUAUAGAAUCAUGUCAAAGCUGUUGCCGAUCUGCGUCUGAAAAUUCUUCAUGUUAUGAAAAUCAGUGUUACUUAUGGCCCUAUAGCUUUGAUUUUUGUAACAUCUCUCGAUGAAAUGAGAUAAUAUACUUGCUUGCGGCACUCUUCGUGAGACGUAUAGUCACUAGUAACUCAUUAUAAUAGUGACACUUGGUGCCUCACGCGGAAUCCGAAUGUCAAUUUUAUUUUUUUUUGGAAUAUGGCACUAUUGAAAUAGGAGUGAGACAUCAUGAGAUGUAUCUAUUUAUUACUUGUAAAUAUGAAAUAAAUAUAUAUAAAAAUAAUAUUUGUUAAUACUCAAUCAGUAGUAACUGUAAUGUGCCAUUUAGUGAUCAUGAAAGCGACACCCUGUAGGGGUCUGUCCUGUCUAAUUCUGAACAUUUAGCCCCCUUCUGAUUCUCAUCUUUUUGAUAGUUUCCUUGAUGUGUUUUUUCCGUAUGAUCCGUUUAACUUUCUUUUAGUCUUCUUCUUUUAAUAGGUCUUUAAUGUUCUAUUGAAUUCUGAAUAUUUAGCCUCCUUGUGAGCUCUUCUUGAGACGUUGUCCUCCUGCUCUCAUAUCAUCUUUUUUUGAUCUCCUUAUGUUUGGUUUCUUUCACCAUCAACGUAAAAUUAUUUAGUUUUAUGUCAUUAUCAUUGACAAUAACAGACAGAUUCAUCUAGGAAUCUGAAAGUAAAAUAAAGAAAUAACUUGGACUGAUCUGCGUGAACCGACUAUAAAAUUGUACUAAUUAUACUAGAUUUUUACUUAUGUCAAUCUGAAGUGAAUCAGUUAUUAUUUUGUUAAUCAUAUCUUAUGCUAUUAUCGAUUUCUUUUUUAUCACAGUGUGUUUAUAUACAAAUUUCAUGAUCACUAUUUGCAUACUUUCGAAUGAUGAUUUGUAUAAUAUACAUCGUUCCGACGAAUUUAUUUUCGUUAACUUUAUUAUUUAUUUAAAUGGGCUUUACCAUUCCUGUCUGUUGUUAUUUAAUUUUUUUUCCAAAAUUGGAUUGAACAAUCAAUUUAAUAUUUGUGUUCAGCGGAUCUCUUGGAGGUUAUGUGUUAUAAACAAUACCUAUUAGAAUAGAAUAGCUGCUUUAAUAACAUGUACCUAUGAAUACAUACUUGAACUUCUCCGAUUUUUUAAUGUUUUAACUUUAUUUAUUUAUAUUUUAAUGUAUUAACUUUUCUAUGCUUUUUAAGGUAUUUUAUUGUAUAAGGUUUGUUUAUAGGACAAAAUUUCCUUGUGUUCUAUUAUGUUUGUAGAGUGUUUUUACAAAUAAAAUUGUUGCAACAG